GAAGAAAAAACUUCUGGUAGUCGAGGCUUUAGGAGAUCGAACAAAGUCGCGCGACGUCUUUCUCGCAAAUGAAGAUAGAAAAGACGAGGAUUUCCGCUGUCGCAUUGCCCUCAUUGGAGAAUUUCUUUUUCAAACACACACUUAUGGCUCAACACGUCGCUAACUUAUUUCCAGCAACAUCAUGUCUAAGUUUCUUCUGAUUAACUAAUAUGCUGACGAUGAUCAGCGAGUGCCUCGAGUCCAUUUAGAGGGAUGUUGCUAACCGUUAUAAAGUAUGAUGAUGUUUCUCUUGAGUGAACCGCCUCCCUCGCUGUUUUUUCUGGAUAGUACUGUGAUGGGAUGCGCACCGGACCGGUUCCGGUUCUUUACCUCUAGGCUUAGACUUCACUCAUUUCGAGCACUGCUCUCUCCGCUUCAAAGCAUAUUAUGACGCAAGGCAAGUGCAAGCAAAUGAAUAGGAAAUAAAUUAACUUAACGAAUUUGGCAUUUCUAAGAGCAAAGUGUUAAAGCAGAGCUUCCUAAUCCGAAAAGGCAAAACCCUGACUUCUUUCGAAAGUUUCCGGUAAAGCAUGGUACUACUACAAAACUAUUUAAAACAAAAGAAUAUUUGAGUGGUUAAUGGUGACCAGGUUGAUAAGCAUGGUGUGACUCCGGCACUGUAGUUCCAAUGUUUCAGGGGUGAAUCAUAGAUGAGGCCACCAUGAUUCUUUAAGGUAUUUGUCGUUAACGGGUAAUUAAUGUCAGUAGCUCUGUAAAUUUUCCUCGCUUGAUCAUUUAAAAAUGUCAUGUUUUGGAGUGAAAAUAUAUGUCAAUCACUCGUUCAGGCUAUUGCGUGCGUCCGUACUUUGUUCCGGUUUCGGGGAGGACCUGGAGAGACGGUAAGUGUCCCCAUUAUUAUUCGGAGGACCCCCGCGAUAAGCAGUUGGAGAGAUUGGCGAAGCUUCUGCGUGAAUCGAACAAAAUCGGUAAAUAUCUUGGUCUACUGUUAUGAAAUCACAACUAUCAACACCAAAACCAACGAACUUAAGUAAACAUUCAACGUUUUUAAAUCAUUCAUACUGAUAAUUUCCUCUAAAAAGUACAAUUGAUUGAGUAUAGUACCGAUCUCAUCACCUAUUGAGUGGUUCAUCCUUCGGUAGAGAAAUAAAAAGUCCUAUGAUCAUCGCUUUUCUUAAAACAUGAGUUGAAGGCCGCGCUCAAUUGCAAACAACUUCAUUACAGAUAGGUAAUUAAUGUAGUCGCUGGCGCUCUUCUUCUUGUUGAGAGUUCCAUGGUUCUGAUUCUAAUUCUGUCGCCGGAGUGGAGUUACUACUUUUACGGAGAUGACGCGUUGGUGCCCCAGACGCAAUGGCAUAGAAUGUUUCGGGCGAAUUUUUUCGAGCUAGUUCACUACUGGACUCAGCAUUCUGACGGUUCCAGUUAUCUUAUGAGACCAAAUAUAGAAGUAUAGCUACAGGCUUCCAUCCACAGGUGGAGGGUGAGUCAGUUUUCCUCCUAUGCUGGACGUUCUUUCAUAAGUUGUAGUUGCUCUUCGUUUUCGUAGAUGAUGAUGGGUCACUUCUUGUACUUUCCUUCAUCGAUCAAUGUUGGACAUGGCGUAAUGACGAAGGAUAUUUGACAAAUAUAGGUAGGCGUCGUAAAGAUAUCAAGCCUCUUCUAAUGGAUUCUGGACUUACGAAAAUUUCCGCUGGAUCUGGUUGCAGCACCACGCUACGAGGCUAUAUGAUCUUAAAUAUUGGGCAAUGAAACUGAAGGUCGAUAGACGCACAGGAGGCUAUCAUCGUUUUUAUCGUUGUCUUUGCAAUGGCCAUGCCGGGACGCCGCAGCUAAUCUUAAGGAAAAAGAUUCCUGAUAAUGAUAAAGAUAAAAAUCAUGUCAAUAUAUAAUUCAAAUUUGAAAUUUAGAUGAAGUCCUAGAUCAAGCUUAUAGCUAAUAGAGAGGCAACAUUUGCUGUAGGAUACAGGUCGAACUGUGAACGGCGAAUCAAGUGCUAUCCUAUCCUACAGACUCCUGUCGUCAAACUCAAAGUCAAGGGGGCAUCUCGUUUGAUGCAAGACGUUGCUUUGAAUCUUUGAGUUUAGCUGUCUAUCUUUUCUAAUGAUUGACCACGUGGACGCGGACCCCGGGAGGAGCCUUGAAUUUUUUGGGGAGAUGGAAAAGAGAAGCCUGUUGUUGAGACUACGAGACAGCCUGUUUCCCAAAGAAUCCAGAGAGGAGAGGGACAAGAAAGACGAUAUUUUCCCGAUCCGAUUUCGUACAAGACGCGACAAGGAGACUUGCAAGAUGUACACUUUUAAGAAUGAGAUGAAUCAUGAAUAUUGUUUUCACCUUCUUUGUAGGAUCGAUAGGUACACAGAUACAGAAGGUGCUCCCUAUUGUUGAUAUCAAUCAUUCAUAGAAAAUACUUAUAUAUAAUAUUUGAAUUUAUCCAGAAGUUACUCAUAGUCUUAGUUACAGUCUUCAUCAUGGAGCCAGUUCGUGCAAACAUCGGCCCAAGCAUUGAAAUCUUUCGAUGCCCCACGAAUAGGUGUACACGCGAUGAAUCAUACACAUACUAAAAAAAGGAUUGGCUAUCCUUUUAUCUCAUCACUUGAGAAUAAGAUGAUGCAAAUAUCAAUAUCAAUGAGAGCAAUUAUAAGAGAGCCAAUUUAGUUUCAAUGGCUGGGCAUUGAUUGCCAUCACUCUACUUGCUCAUUGCCAAAGUAAGGAGAGUUGCGGAAAAACAAAAACUACAUUUGCUAGUCUAGUACCCUCACGGCCACUACUGGCGCUGGCCAAACUCUACUGGUAGGAACAUUGCUGGAAUAGAAGAACUUGAACUCGAUUUCAUCUUAUCAUUGCUUUUAUUUACAGUUGCAUGAAUAUAUUUAUAAGUACAGGCUAGACGCCCGGGGGGCGCUUGGUGACGGAUGUGCCAAGGGGUGACGUUGCCGGGGGCGCUGCAGCUGGCUGCGGGGGGCCCUGAGCUGAGGGAACGGGCUUGCGAGUGAGUGGGCGGGAAGUUGUAGCGUAGGCGGGGAUCCUUUUCCAACCAUAGUCUUCGUUGUCAGGGUUGGCUGAUAGGCCAGACGCACGGGGAGCGAGCACUCUCUUGGGCGUAAUAGAUACGCCCAGGGGUCGCGACGCCGACGUCGCUGGCGGAGCUGCAGCUGCUUCGCUGCUUGGGCGGCCUGAGGGCACUGGGCCAGGGCCGCGAGUGAGCGCGUCGGCCCGGAGGCUCGGCGUAGCAGUCGGAGCUGGGGUUGGCGGAUUGCCCUUCUGAGGUGCCUCCCCGAAAUACCGAGCUGGAGGCGUGUAUACUCUGACAGAUGAGAGGCGCCUGAGGGGCGCCUCGCAAAAUUUUAACGCAUGUAGUGCAUGGGGCACCUGCUCCAUGCUACUCCAUGUGUUUCAUGCACUCCAUGCCAUGCGCCCGGCGAAGCCUUAUAUAGAAUGAUUUAUUAUAAACAGUCUCUACUUUUUCUAAUCCAACCUACUGGAGGAGCAUGCAAAGCAAAGGACCGUCGCUACGCGAAAGUGGAAGCGACAAGGACUUCCUUUCUCGGAGACGGAUGCAGUGUGAGUCGGACGGCGAUAGCGUAUCUGAGUGUGACGAGGGUGGUAGUGAUUUUGAUGAAUGCUCUGAGCAGGAGGGCGAAGGCUCUGAGCAGGAAGGCGAAGGCUCUGAGCAAGAAGGCGAAGGCUCUGAGCAGGAAGGCGAAGGCUCUGAUGAGGAAGGCGAAUGCUCUGAGGAGGAAGGCGAUGGCUCUGAGCAGGAGGACGAAGAGGGGCGGGGAGACAAUGCCUGUGCUGACGAUGACCAAAACGACGACGACAGCACUUUAUGGCAGCUGAAGGAGAAAGAGAAAAUCAUAUCUCGCACCCUGAUCCAAUACGCGUUUGCAGGAACAGUUCCAUAUUAUGAGUCGCCACCCGAACGAGGAGACGAAGACUUGUAGCUACCCAGACCACUGAGCAAAGCACUGUGCAAAGCAGUCUGUGCACACCUUUUGUCGUCGUCGUCGUCGUCGUCAUCGGCCAACCUGCGGCCUUGCCUUACGGACAAAUAUGCCAGCACUUUCCGGAAGUUCCUUCCCCUUGUCGUGAUACUAAAAGACGCGUGUAGGGACUUGCAGUAGAUUGAAUUGGCAUGAUCAGACCACGAGACAAAGCUGGGAUCACUUUUGUGUUUACGUAUUUAUCGAGCUGUGAAACCUUAUAGAUUGCUCUGAUAUAUUUUUAUAUGUUUAAUAAUAUCAAAUUAUGAGGUAAGUAUAAAUACCUCAACAUGUUUUUACACGAGGAGUAAACACAAAAAUGACAACAAUGUAUUCUCGCUUUCAUAACUGGGAAAAUAGGGACUCAGUCGGAGAUUGUUGUGAGAAGCGCUAGAGCUGUGACAGAAGAAUGGGAAAUACAAGUCGAAUAUGCAUCUACAUUCUAGUAGCACAUUUCUAUAAGGUUCACAAGGACACAAGCAUAAGCAAUUUCACCCGCCUACUUCGCACAAUUGUAUUUUUACGCCCCAGAGGACUAUUUCCUCCAUAAUUCCUUCUCGGCUUAGAUAUAUUUAGCCUUCACUUUUCGUACUAUUUCGCUUCGCCAUACGUUUGUGCGAUAGAAGAGGAAAGGCAUGGCUUGUUUCCCCUUGCUCAAGUGACUGGUUC